AUGGCAACCCAGUGGGUAUUGGGGAAGGUCAGUGAGGCACUUGCUCCCACUGUUUCCAGCACAGUGGCAAGUGCCGGAGCGUUUGCAGGUGGAGCAGUCAAUGCAGUAGGCAAUAGCAUCAAUGGAGUGGGAGAGUCGAUCAAUGGCACAAUUCGAAGAUACGGAGAUGGAGUCAAGGACUAUGGUAAUGGCAUCAUGGAUUGGACGCAGGCGGGAGGAGUCCGGGCAGCAACAGCAAGCAAUCCUCUAGGGUUAAGUGCAGGCAAGACGGGAGGCAGGCGCCAGGUCACCAGUCCUCAGAUCUACCGGCCGCCAGCGACGACACCAAAGACAGCUCCCUCGAAGAGGUUGAUGACAACGGCCAAGUCGGCACCUCAGAAGCAGAUCGAGGGAGGUACACCAAAGAAAGCUUUGCCGGCUCCUGGUCCGAAGCCGUCUGAUGCAGCACACAAAACCACAUCUGCUGUUGGCGCCCCUGCUAAGAAGAUCGGUUCUGCUCCUCUCAAGCCUGUGCAAUCAGCGGUCAAAACCACCACCGUGCCCAAUCCUGGAGCAAUGAGGCAGCACAAACCGAGCAAUGGCGCCAGCAAAGCCGCGGGCCCCAAUAAACAUCCCACAACACCGAACCCAGGCGCGAUGAGGCGUAAGCCAGCAGAUGAUGGCAACUCCAAGCAGCAACCCUCAGGGAAGAAGGCUCCCAGCAAGCCCAACACGUCGACUGCGCCAAAGCUGCAAAGCACGGCGACAAAUCGACCAAAGGUCCAGGGCAACCCUACAGCUGCCGCCAACCCUCUCGGGCUCACCUUCUAA